AUGUCUAUCAACUGGGUGAUGCUCAACGAGCAGGAUGGCUUUGUCCGCCUUCCCAACGAGCGCCUGAUUUAUUCCUCACCUCCCCGCACCAGCCUGGCGCUGACACCGCCGUCAGGUUACAAGGGCAAAGAGACCUUGUCGGUGCAGAGCAGCGCGGGCUGUAUUCAUCUCACCAACCAACGGGUUGUCUACCUCCCCGCCCAGAAAUCCGAUGCCUUCCAAUCCUUUUCCUCCCCUUUACUCAACGUCCGCGACUCCCACGUUUCCGCCCCGUUCUUCGGUCCCAAUGUCUGGACUGCGCUUGUACAACCAGUCGCUGGAGGCGGCAUCUCCCCAUCCCUACCCGCCGUCCAAAUCAAGGUGACUUUCAAAGAAGGCGGUGCCUUUGACUUCCACACCAACUUUGAGCGGAUCCGAGAGCGCUUGGAACAAGCCGUGGAGAACGUGAACGAUGGAGCGCGAGGAAUGCGCAGCGUGGAUCUCUCUGCAGUGCACCUCGACGAGCUGCCGGCAUACGAUGCUCCGGGGAACCCAGGGCCACUUCCUCCGGUCGCAAGCGGUGCCCCGGCAGCGCCGCAGCACACUCGACAGGUGUCCGAGGCAGGACCCGAACCGGCGGAACCGCCACCCUGUUAUGAGGAGGUACAGUCGCAGAGUGUGGCCCAGGAGCUCGAGGAGAGGUUACGGCGGGCCAGUUAA